AUGGGCCAAGCCGCCGAUAUAGCCUCAGCAGUUGGCACAUGGCUUGCUGCGGGUCUCGCCCUUGUUGCGCUUUUAGGUAUAAUCACCCCAUGGCUCCUGUGGCGGGCACUACGCUCCGAGCGCCACAAUGCGCUCAAGGCCGUGGACGAUCCUUCGCAACUCUUCGUCUCCCGUGGCCUCCGCAUAUGGCGCAAUACGAGAAUCCUGAAGCGGGUUCGCGUGCCUAAAUUGACGGAUGCUCCACAACUUCCACCGGGUUUCGUGGGACACAAACACGAUGAUUUGCUCAGAGAUCCUCCGAGUAAAACCGGUUGGGUCACUUUUUGCUCGGCUUUGCGGGCCUUCUCCUUACCGGGCAGUAAUGAUAGGAAUGGAGAGCUGGUUAUCAAAAACUGGGAGACGUGGCAGCCGAUACACAAGUUGUGGAUUCUGAUAUUUGGCUUGUUGGGAAGAUAUGGCGAGCGGGAAGACAAAGGCCAGAGGAUCGUGAAAUUUAGCUCUACGAGGCUGGACCACGAGGAGGGUGACGAAGAGCGCGGAGUACUAUACGGUAGCAUUGGGGCGCUAAGGCAUAGGAAUCGUGAAGAAAGUGGAGAUCUCGACAGACUCUACCUGGCUCCGUACAACCGACUAUUGAGAGGCAGUCUGCGGCCGGAUACUCUGAGUGUGGGCUGCUUGUUUUGGCUAGCCGCGGGGUGUUUGCCUCUAGGAGAGAAGGUGUUAGACCUGUGUUUCCCCGUUCCCCGAUCCUUCAGUAGGCCACCACAGCGAGUACGGAAGAGUAUUUCCAGCUUACGCCGCGCUCCCUCCGAUGGUGCCAACUCCGAAGUUGCCGAAAACACCGGCAAGGGUGGCCCUGAUGCCAGUUCCGAUGUCUCCAAGAUCGAGCAAGUUGGGGCAGAUAUAUCCAGCCUCUCCGACAUAGGACCGGAAGAGGGACGUGCACAGCAAGCUAAAACAGCAAACAGCGACCGCCUCAUUCAAGACAUCUCUCCCUCAGCACAGCUUAGACGCUGGGAUUCGGAAAGGGAAGCAUAUCAUGGCCAUGAUUUUCUCUACUUAGAGCCGAUAAGGGACGUUCUCACUACCGCAAAAUGGAGCGUCUGGGCUACGGCAAUGGGAUGCGACAUGGCCACUGUUCACACAAUUGAGAAGCUAAGCAUUGAGUUGCUCGAUGAUAUCCAAAUCAUCACCGAGAUUAUGGAGUCCGUACCAAUCAGACCAAUAGACCCGGAUGAAUUAGGGACCCUGUUGGACCCCGAGGACCGAGCUUGCGCCCUGGGAAUACAGCAUCGAAUCGCACGAGCGCGGAUAAGAAUGAGAGAACCUGAAAACACGACCAGUUUCUGGGCCGCCACUAGUCCGCUCAAUUACACCCGUGGUGAUUUCGAAGAGGCGAUGAACCCCAUAUUUAUUCGCCGGAUAGACAUCCAGUCUAUUGCUUUGGGUGCAUUAUCCCUGCCGGUAACGCCGCGGCACUUUCUAUUCAAUAUCAGUCGAAGCGGCUUUAUUUUCGAUCUUCUCACGAAUGCCCGUUUUCAGAAGGAAGGACUACUCCGGGCAAUAAUGAAGACACUACCAUCCUGGGGUCUUGAGUUGGACCGAGGAGCUUUUACAAAGGUGACAGAAGCCAUGUCCGGCGUUCUGCCUUUUCGUGAGCACAGUCGACGGGAUUCUGAGCUUUUGUACCAGCUGGACAGCCACAUUUGCAUGAUCUACCAUGGAAGCACGAUUUUUCGGCAGACGAUCGGUAUCUUGUAUGUUACGAGCCCCAGAUUCCGGACAUUCGUCGAAGAAAUGGCGGAAUUGGACCCUACUGGGGAACGUUUCAGUGUCUAUGUCGACAUGAGUGCGAAUGCAAUAUGCGCGAAAUCCUCCGAAGAGGAGGAAACAACAUGGCGGCUUGUGUUCCGGGAAGUCUUUCCUGGAAACAGCCUUUCGAUCGUUUUGCCGCGCACCAAGCUCUCGGUUGCGGAGCUUAUGCUUGCCUCUCUGCAAGCAUGUGCACGGAUCACUUGGGUUGCUCAGCCAAUUGAUUCAAGUGCGCUUGUAGAGUUCGUCGAUCAAGUGGAUGAAAUCCGGCAGAAAGCUGGCCUCGAGGACUUAAUUCACGCCUUAUAA